AUGGUUGUAUCCCUCGUGCUUGGAAGAUCUGUGUUGGUGGCCCUUUUGUUUCUGUGUGCAAUUCAAAGCACUGGUGGUUAUAAAUCCUUAGACUGCUUGGGUCUGGGAACCAGGAGACCUCCUUCCCCUAUACAGUCUAGCCCACCAGCUAAGAUCCUCAUCCCAAGUCCUGCACUCUCUGUGGACGUGCCCUCCUACUCUGGCACCUGCACAGAGCCCCCUCUGCCUCAGCCUUUGCCCACACCAGGCGGCACACCCACCAGAGCACACCCACCAGAGCACACCCACCAGGCCUUGCAGCUGCCUGAGAAUGCUCUCCUUGUUGGACCACACCUGGUUGUGUUUAUAUCUGACUCUCAGUCAAUAACGGUCCAGUCAUGGUGUUGUCCUGACGCAUCACCAACUGGAUUUGCUUCUUCCUCAGCGGAGUUCUGGACGAGGUUGCACAGUGCCGUGAAACCAAGCCCCAGUUUCUAUCACUUCAUCCUGACCCACUUCCGAUGGUUGUGGAACAUCAUCAACAGCACGUUUAUCCGGGACACGCUGAUGCGGUUGGUGCUCACACUCCGUGCCAAUCUCAUUCCCAGCCCGCCCACCUACAAUUCCGCCUAUGGGUAUAUCAGCUGGGAGGCCUACGCCAAUGUGAGCUACUUCACUCGUGUCCUUCCGCCAGUGCCCAAUGACUGCCCCACUCCCAUGGGAACCAAAGGACCAGUGAGGCUCCCUGAUGCAGAACUGGUGGCGGAGCGGUUUUUCCUGCGCAGGACAUUCCAGCCUGACCCUUUGGGAACAAACUUGAUGUUUGCUUUCUUCGCCCAGCACUUCACGCAUCAGUUCUUCAAGACGUCGGGAAAGAUGGGUCAUGGUUUCACCCGGGCUCUGGGGCAUGGGGUGGAUCUUGGGCACAUAUAUGGGGACAAUUUGGAGCGGCAGCACAAACUCCGACUCUUCCAGGAUGGGAAGCUGAAGUUCCAGAUGGUUAACGGGGAGAUGUAUCCACCAACUGUGCUGGAAGCUCCAGUGCACAUGAUUUAUCCAAAGCACAUCCCUCCAGAGAAGCGCCUUGCUGUGGGCCAGGAGGUCUUUGGCCUGCUCCCGGGCCUUAUGAUGUAUGCCACCAUCUGGCUGCGUGAGCACAAUCGUGUCUGUGACAUACUGAAGCAGGAACACCCAGCUUGGGAUGAUGAGCAGCUAUUCCAAACCACAAGGCUCAUCCUCAUCGGCGAGACCAUCAAAAUUGUGAUUGAAGACUACGUCCAGCAUCUCAGUGGCUACCUCUUGCGUCUGAAGUUUGAUCCAGAGCUUCUUUUUGGAGCGCAGUUCCAAUAUCAGAACCGCAUUGCUGUGGAAUUCAACCAGCUCUACCACUGGCACCCGCUGAUGCCGGACAGCUUUGCCAUCAAAAACGAGGAGUACAACUAUGACCAGUUUGUUUACAACACCACCAUGCUCAUUGACUAUGGCGUGGAAGCCCUUGUAGAGGCUUUUGCCAAACAGCGAGCCGGGCAGAUUGGAGGAGGGCGAAAUAUCCACAGUCAACUUCUGAACGUGGCCAUCGGAGUCAUUGAGGAAUCACGCCUGCUGCAACUCCAGCCCUUCAACGAAUACCGGAAGAGGUUUGGCAUGAAGCCCUACACGUCCUUCCAGGAACUCACAGGGGAGGAAGAGAUGGCAGCUGAGCUGGAGGAGCAAUAUGGGGAUAUUGAUGCCCUAGAAUUCUACCCUGGCUUGUUGGUGGAGAAGAUACAGCCCAAUGCCAUUUUUGGUGAGAGCAUGGUGGAGAUUGGGGCCCCCUUCUCCUUGAAAGGGCUCUUGGGGAAUCCCAUCUGCUCUCCCGAGUAUUGGAAGCCCAGUACGUUUGGUGGCGCCACCGGCUUUGAGAUGGUGAACACAGCAUCGCUUCAGAAACUUGUGUGUCGAAACGUGAAGAAGUGUCCCUACGUGGGUUUCAAGGUACCGGAAGAGGAUGGGGAGGGACUGGCAGAAGCAGCAGACAGCCAGUCUCAGGACAAGAAGACAUCUACUGAGCUUUAGGACAGGGAGGGAGGAUCCUCCUGGGCUUGGCAAAUGAUCACAAUCCAGCCAGCAAGUUCCCAUCACUUUUGGUGGCAAAGAGCACCCAUAGAUGAUGGUUGGCAGGCUGAGGAAGAGAUAAAAGGGCACAAUACCAUCCUCUAUCAUCAUGCUUCCCUGGAUAGAAAAGCCUUUUACGGUUGGGGAGGCAUCCAAGGAGGAGACUCUGAUGUUUAUGAGAAAUGAAAGCCCACCAAGGUCUGUCCAUUCCCAGCAGAAGAACUCCUGCUCCCUGCUCCCUCCAUGGACCCCCCUCCCCUCCCCUCCGUGCACUAAGCUACUUCCAGUGUCUUAGUUGCAGGAGGAAUGUCCCCAUACACCUUUGCCACCUCCCCAUACUAGGAAUUCUGUUCCCUGGAGUUGUGCCCUCAGUUAGAAUUCCCAGAAACUGUUGCACCUGUUUUAAACUUAUGGUAUAGACAAACUGUAGAGUCAAAGCUUGUGAAAUCCUAGCAGAUAGGAAGAGUCAAACCUUUUGGAAUGCCUCCCCUGUGUCUAUUCAUCCUGCAUGGAGGAUGGAAGAGAAGAAGAUACGUUCUAACAGUGGGAACUGAAAUGGAGUGGAGAAUGUGAUUUUCAGAAUAAAGAUUUAUACUUUUGUUUA